CCGUUUGAGUAUGGCUGAGGAGAGAACGUGGUUUCCGUAGUAACCACCCCAGCUGCCCUCCUCCACCCCUCUCUCUCUUUCUUUCUCUUCUUCAGUCGUUCACUUGUGCCUGGUGAUGAUGGUGUCACCAUCCAUCUCUCUUUCUCUUUCCCACCCUCUUUCUUUCUUUCUCUGUAUCUUCUUCUCUCUGGAUAUGGUUCCUUGAGCAGCCAAUGACAAAAGCUGGAGGAGAGCAAACGGAGUAGUUGAUUUUUUUUUUUUUUUUUCAUUUUUCUUUUCUGGACGGAAUCCCUCUCUUCCACUCUUUUUGGUGGAAUUUUUUGGAAUCUUUUAAGGAAUUGGAAUUCUUGUUACAUAUUCUGGACGUUUGUCUCAGUGUGUUUGUGUGUGUGAGAGUGUGUGUGUGUGUGUGUGUGUGUGUGCGUGUGCGUGUGCGUGUGGUUGCUGUGGGGACGUGGCUGAUGCUGGAUAAUGGCUCAUGCGGCGUCUCAGAUUAAGAAGAAUAAAGAUGUGGAUGUUAAUGCAUUGGAGGAUGAAAAGGAAAGGAGGAGGAAGAGCAGGAAACAAUCAAAGGAUCAAAAGAAAAAGCCGGACAGCAAUGCCAGUUACCUGCGGGCAGCGAGGGCAGGGAACCUUGAGAAGGUCCUCGACUACCUGAAGACUGGUGUCGAAAUCAACAUCUGUAAUCAGAAUGGGUUGAAUGCAUUGCACUUGGCGUCCAAAGAGGGGCAUGUGGAUGUGGUGGCCGAGCUGCUCAAACUGGGCGCCAACGUAGAUUCAGCAACCAAGAAAGGAAACACGGCGCUGCACAUCGCCUCACUGGCGGGACAGACGGAAGUGGUGAGAGAGCUAGUGACCAAUGGGGCCAACGUCAAUGCACAGAGCCAGAAUGGCUUUACCCCACUUUACAUGGCUGCACAGGAAAACCAUCAGGAUGUGGUGUGCUUCCUCCUGGAGAACAACUCCAGCCAGAGCAUUGCCACAGAGGAUGGCUUUACGCCGUUAGCCGUAGCCCUACAGCAGGGUCAUGAUCAGGUGGUUUCUCUGUUGUUAGAGAACGACACGAAAGGUAAAGUCCGUCUGCCUGCACUCCACAUCGCAGCCCGCAAGGAUGACACCAAAUCUGCAGCUCUGCUCCUUCAGAAUGACCACAACGCGGAUGUCGAGUCCAAGAUGAUGGUGAAUAGAACGACAGAGAGCGGUUUCACUCCUCUCCACAUUGCUGCCCACUAUGGAAACAUCAACGUAGCAACACUACUGUUAAAUAGAGGAGCAGCAGUGGACUUCAUGGCAAGGAAUGACAUCACUCCACUGCAUGUGGCGGCUAAGAGAGGGAAUGGAAACAUGGUUAAGUUGCUGCUGGACCGAGGAGCAAAAAUUGAUGCCAAGACCAAGGACGGUUUAACCCCUCUGCAUUGCGGCGCACGCAGUGGGCAUGAGCAGGUUGUUGAGAUGCUGCUGGACAGGGGAGCUCCCAUCUUGUCUAAGACCAAAAACGGUCUGUCUCCGCUGCACAUGGCGGCCCAGGGGGAUCACCUGAACUGUGUCCAGCUGCUCCUUCAGCACAAUGCUCCCGUGGAUGAUGUCACCAACGAUUACCUGACGGCACUGCACGUGGCUGCUCACUGCGGACAUUACAAAGUGGCCAAAGUCAUCGUAGACAAGAAGGCCAACCCUAACGCUAAAGCCCUGAACGGUUUCACACCUCUUCAUAUUGCCUGCAAGAAGAACCGAGUGAAGGUGAUGGAACUGCUGCUGAAACAUGGGGCAUCACUGCAGGCAGUCACUGAGUCGGGGUUGACGCCCAUCCAUGUUGCUGCAUUUAUGGGUCAUGAGAACAUAGUGAAACAGCUCACGCAUCAUGGAGCCUCACCCAACACCACCAAUGUGAGAGGUGAAACAGCAUUGCACAUGGCAGCAAGGGCCGGCCAGGUUGAUGUUGUCAGAUACCUGCUACAGAGUGGUGCUAAAGUGGACAUCAAAGCCAAGGAUGACCAAACAGCCCUGCAUAUAGCAAGCCGUCUGGGAAAAGUGGAGAUUGUGCAGCAGCUGCUGCAGAAGGGGGCAUUACCCAAUGCUGCCACCACUUCCGGCUACACCCCUCUCCACCUCGCCGCCCGUGAGGGUCAUCAGGAGAUAGCAGCUCUCCUGCUGGAGCAGGGAACAUCCCUCUCUGCAGCAACUAAGAAAGGGUUCACUCCCCUGCAUGUGGCUGCAAAGUAUGGGCAGUUGGAAGUGGCCAAUCUUCUGCUGCAGAAAAAAGCCGCGCCGGAUGCAGCAGGAAAGACUGGGUUAACUCCGCUGCAUGUGCCUGCUCACUAUGAUAAUCAGAGAGUGGCUCUGUUUCUACUGGACCAGGGAGCAUCUCCUCAUUCUGCUGCGAAGAAUGGCUACACGCCUCUCCAUAUUGCAGCUAAGAAGAAUCAGUUGGAGAUUGGGACAACGUUGUUGGAAUAUGGGGCGGAGUGUAACACAGUGACCCGUCAGGGCAUCAGCCCCCUCCACCUCGCCGCACAGGAGGGCAGUGUAGACCUCGUGUCCUUGCUUCUCACCAAACAGGCUAAUGUUAAUAUGGGCAAUAAGAAUGGUCUCACGCCGCUGCACCUGGCUGCACAGGAUGACAGGGCAGGUGUUGCUGAAGUGCUGUUGAACCAUGGAGCAGAAAUUGACGCUCAAACCAAGAGUGGUUACACUCCGUUGCAUGUGGCAUGUCACUAUGGCAACAUGAAGAUAGCCAACUUCCUGUUAGAGAAUCAGGCCAAGCCUAAUGCCAAAACAAAGAACGGUUACACGCCUCUUCAUCAAGCAGCACAGCAAGGCCACACCCACAUCAUUAAUAUGCUGCUUCAGUAUGGAGCUUCGCCCAAUGAGCUCACAAUGAAUGGGAACACAGCUCUCUCCAUUGCUCGCCGACUGGGGUACAUCUCCGUAGUGGACACGCUGAGAGGAGUUACAGAUGAAAACCUCACUGCCACGUCGGAGGAAUACGCUAAUAAAGGAUACGUUAUAUCUGUAUCGAAGUGGGAUAUGGCAGCGCUAUUAUGUGAAGAUGCGAUGACCGGCGAGACUGAGAAGUAUCUUCGGCCACAGGACCUGAGGGAGUUAGGGGAUGACUCCUUGCCACAGGAGGGGUACAUGGGUUUCAGUAUUGGAGCCCGCUCUGCCAGUCUACGCUCCUUCAGCUCAGACAGGUCCAACACUCUGAACAGAAGCUCCUUCGCUCGGGACAGCAUGAUGAUUGAAGAGAUGCUGGUGCCCACCAAAGACACGCACCUUGCAGUGACUCGAGAAUACAACAGUGAGUGUAUGCGGCGGUACAGUUGGACCCCUGAUACAGUGGACCACUCACAUAACACUGUCUGCAGUCCUGUGCAUUCUGGCCCUUCCUCCCCGCUUCCUCAGUAUGACUCCAGGUUCCUAGUGAGUUUCAUGGUGGAUGCUCGGGGUGGGUCAAUGAGAGGAAGUCGUCAUGAUGGGAUGCGUAUAAUAAUUCCACCCAGGAAGUGUUCAGCACCAACAAGAAUCACUUGCCGCCUAGCAAAACGGCACCGCUUGGCAUACCUACCCCCUAUGGUGGAGGGAGAGGGACUUGUGAGCAGACUGGUGGAAAUGGGGCCAGCUGGGGCACAGUUUUUGGGGCCUGUGAUAGUUGAAAUUCCUCAUUUUGGCUCCAUGCGGGGAAAGGAGAGGGAGCUGAUCGUCCUACGCAGUGAUAAUGGAGAAACCUGGAAAGAACAUCAUUGUGACUGUAAAGUGACAGAGCUCACCUCGAUCCUUAAUGGCAUGGAUGAGGAGAUGGAUAGUCCAGCAGAGCUGGAGAAAAAACGUAUCUGCCGCAUCAUUACAAAAGAUUUCCCACAGUACUUUGCAGUGUUGUCACGCAUCAAACAAGAAAGUGAUUACAUGGGACCAGAGGGCGGAGUCCUGAGCAGUGAGGCGGUUCCCAUGGUGAAAGCUGCCUUUCCUCACGGAGCGCUUACGAAGAAGAUUCGUGUUGGACUACAGGCACAGCCUGUGCCAGAGGACAUUGUGCGGACUAUCACUGGUAACCGUGCAUCCUUCAGCCCAAUUGUUACUGUGGAGCCCAGAAGGAGGAAAUUCCACAAGCCCAUCACCAUGACAAUCCCUGUGCCACCCAGAUCCAAAGAGGCUGUUUCUAACGGGCGCAAAGGAGAACCUGCCCCCUGCCUUAGACUGCUCUGUAGCAUUACAGGUGGAACAUCCCCUGCACAGUGGGAAGACAUCACUGGGACCACUCCACUCUCCUUUGUCACAGACUGCGUUUCCUUCACCACAAAUGUGUCUGCCAGAUUUUGGUUGGCAGACUGUCAGCAGAUCAGUGAGACAGUGGGUUUAGCAUCUCAGUUGUACAGAGAGAUGAUCUGCGUUCCAUACCUGGCCAAGUUUGUGGUGUUUGCUAAAAUGAUCGACCCUAUAGAGUCCCGCUUGCGUUGCUUCUGCAUGACUGACGACAAAGUCGACAAAACUCUGGAGCAGCAGGAGAACUUUGAGGAGGUGGCAAGGAGCAAAGACAUUGAGAUUCUGGAGGGUAAGCCCAUUCAUGUAGAAUGCUAUGGCAACAUCACUCCUCUGGCAAAGAGUGGUCAGCAACUCGUCUUCAACUUCUAUGCCUUCAAAGAGAACCGACUCCCAUUCAAUGUCAAGGUCAGAGAUAUGGGCCAAGAGCCAUGUGGCAGAAUCUCAUUCCUCAGAGAACCUAAAAUCGCAAAAAGCCUGCCACAGAGUGCAAUCUGCAAUCUUAAUUUUACACUGCCAACACACAGGAAGGAAAUGGAGUCAGAUCCUGAUGAUGAGAAUGACAAAGAUCGACGACAUACCUUUGCCUCAUUAGCAUUGCGAAAGCGCUACAGCUAUCUGGCCGAUCCAGCAUCCAAAACAGCUGAAAAAGGCCAUAACACCACUCCAAAAACCACGCCGCAGCCUUCUGGCUACGCUUACAAGCCUGUAUUUACGACGCGCUCCUACCAGGCCUGGGCGACAAGCUCUCCCAUCAACGUCCCUAGCCAGACCAAGUCUGGAUUUGGCUCCCUCUCCAGCUCCUCAUCCAACACCCCCUCAGCCUCCCCACUGAGGUCGGUGUGGUCUGUGAACUCUGCCUCUCCUAUCAAAUCUAUUAUUGGAGGUUCACCAGCAUCUUCCAUCAAAUCUGCCAGUGAUGUUGCAUCACCGAUUCGAUCGUAUAGAACAAUCUCCUCACCAAUAAAAACUGUAGUUCAAGGUGCCCAGUAUCCAGUCCAAGCUUCCCCCACCCUUCUGUCCUCUCCAGUCAAAAGUGCCCCUGAUCCAGUUUCACUUAAAGGCCUCACAGGGCUCUCAGCCAGGACAUCUCCUGUACCAUCUGGCGGAACCUUGCUGGAAAGAUCCUCCAUUGCUAUUACUCCUCCAGCCUCACCUAAGUCUUCUCUAAACAUGUACAGCUCAAGUUUGCCAUAUAAGUCUGUCGUAACCUCAAACCCUCCAGCAACCUGCUCCCCCAUUAAAACUGUCCCGGGCUUUUCCUCUAUCAGAACCAGCACUGAUGCCUCUGCCAGAGGAUAUCUGUCAUCCCUCUCCUCACCAUUGAAAUCCGGCUCGGCCACUACAGCAGCUGCGCUGAUCAAUGGGACAGUUUCCCCAACCAAAUAUCGCUCCUCCUCCCCAACAACCCAUCUUACCAGCACUCUGCAGGAAAGAAUUCAAGCCACAACAAAUGCAGCAACAACAAGUGUGAACGCUGCCUUUGAUGAAGUGGAAAAAACUUUCAAUUCCUGCUCUGCUGGCUAUGGCACACUAAAGUCAGUGUCCUCCACUCCCUCAUCCUCUUACCAGUCUAUCCGUUCCUCUGCAUCCAACUCACUGUAUGCCUCCCUCAGAUCCCCUCCGAAUUCUACCACAACUGUAACUUCCAGCACUAUUACAGUCCCUGUCUAUUCAGUUAUAAAUGUCUUACCAGAACACCAAUUUAAAAAGCUCCCUGAAGUCUCCAUGUCAACAGCUUCUCUCCUGUCCCCCAGAAGGGCCAUGCCCCAAGAGGUUAAUGCCCAGACUCAGUCCUCUUUUGCCAGAACUCUAUCUCCUGUCAAGACUCCCAUGCACAUGUCCCCAGGAACAAUAAAAUCUGCUACCUCUUCAUCCCCUCUGUCCAAUAGCCAGGAGAUUCUAAAAGAUGUGGCUGAAAUGAAGGAGGACCUAAUCAGAAUGUCUGCAAUUUUGCAAACUGAUACAAAUUCAAGCUCCAAAGGUUAUCAUUCUGAGUCUAAGGAACAUAAAGGGGAAGAUGAGGAGCCUUUCAAGAUAGUAGAGAAAGUCAAACAGGACCUGGUCAAAGUCAGUGAAAUUCUUAGCAAGGAUGUUUUGAGAGAGAGUAAGGCAAAUAUUAAAAACAGCAAAACAGAAGAUGUCCUAGAGGAUGACAUAGAUGAUAAUCCACAAAAUGAGUGGAGAUGCCCCCCUCGAUAUGAAACAUUAACCCCUCAAGUCAAAACAAAAACAGUAUCUGACAGAGAUUUUAACCUUGCUAAAGUUGUUGAUUAUCUAACCAAUGACAUUGGCACAAGUUCUAUUUCUAAAAUAGCAGAGGCUAAACAAAGAACUGAGGAAGCAAGGAAAGAAGGAGAUGAGAAACAAAAACGGGUCCUGAAACCUGCAAUGGCAUUACAGGAACACAAGCUCAAAAUGCCUCCAAACAACAUGCGCCCUUCACCUUCAGAAAAAGAACUUUCAAAGCUAGCCGAUGCAUUGUUUGGCCCUGAAAUAGCACUAGACUCUCCUGAUGAUGUCUCCCAUGACCAAGACAAGAGUCCACUUUCAGACAGUGGGUUUGAAACUCGUAGUGAGAGAACUCCCUCUGCCCCCCAAAGUGCAGAAGGAAUGGGGCCCAAAGGACUCUUUCAGGAUAUUCCUCCUGUCAUCACUGAAACACGCACUGAGGUUGUACAUGUCAUAAGGAGUUAUGAGCCUCCAGGGGAUCCUAAGGAGCCAGCUUUGGAAGAUGCUAGAAUGACAAAGCCUCCACUGCGAUGUUCAGACACUGAGCCUCGAUCACCUGGUGGGUCGAUCAAAGAAAGAGUUAAAGCUUACCAAGCCAGAGUCAAUGCAGAGGAUGAUGUGAUGAGCAAAGGUAUGCGGGUCAAAGAGGAAACUCACAUAACAACAACUACAAGAAUGGUGUACCACAAACCCCCCGUUAAAGAGGCUGUAUCUAAGAGGAUGGAGGAGACCAUGUCUGUACGAGACAUAAUGAAGGCCUUCCAAUCUGGGAAGGAUCCAUCUAGGGAGUUAACAGGCCUGUUUGAGCACAAAAGCAGCAGUGAAGGGGCAGAUCCAUCUGUCAGGCCUCUUGACCCAAUGCCCAAAGUCGAACGUAUCAUUGAGGUUCACAUCGAGAAAGGCAACAAAGCUGAACCAACUGAAGUAAUUAUCAGAGAAACAAAAAAUCACCCUGAGAAGGAAAUGUACAUAUAUCAGGGUAGAAGUGGCAUGAAAGAACUGCAAAAUAGGAUGGGCAGUGAGCAACAUGACAUAGAACCUGAAGAAUCUCUUCCUUGUUAUCUGGACUCCAGAAUACACAAACCUGUCUCUGUGGAGGAUGAUAAGACCUUGAAAUUGCUUAGUCAGCAGUCAGUGGAGUACCACGAUGAUGAAUCAUCUGAAACGAGGGGAGAAUCAUACAAAUUUGCAGAGAAAAUGCUCCUGUCAGAAAAAUUUGACUCUUCCCAUUCAGACUCAGAUGAAUCUGUGAUUGACAGGUCUCGAUAUUAUGGUGAGGGAACACAAGGUGGCUCAAUUAGAGAAUUCAUGCUAAAGCCUGAUAGGUCAGGUAGAUCAUCAGAAGAUGACAAUUAUGACAAACUCACUUUGCUGCAGUAUGCUUCUGAUCCUGAUAGUCCAAAAAAGUCUGUUUGGAUGAGAGUUUCUGAGGAUGGGCAGAGUAAAAGCAGAGAGAAUCACAAAUAUGAGGACAGAGUAGACAGAACUGUAAAAGAGGCAGAGGAAAAACUUAGUGAAGUCUCACAAUUCUUUCGUGAUAAAACUGAAAAACUGAAUGAUGAGCUUCAGUCCCCUGAAAAGAAGCAUCGUAGACAAGAUGCGAGGGAGACUCGUUCUGGGCCCAACUCAACAUGUAGUAGCCCAGAGAGGUCAGUGUACAGGAAUGGAGGUACUGGAGAGGACUGGAGUAGAGACAGGUUUAGGGAUAAGUAUGAUUCCCAUGACAGAAAAUGUGCCAGUCUACCAAGCAGUCCUGAAAGACGAGUCUUGCUUCGAUACAAUGAUGACCCGAAAAAGGGAGACAGCUCAUCCACAAGCAGUGCAAGUGAUUCGUCUAAAUAUUUCCAGCCCUCAACAUCUAAGGUUAGCUCGGUAAGAAUGAAAUUUGAAUCAGAGGCCCAGAAACAAGAUAAAGGUCCGCAAUGGGGACAAACUUCAGGAUCCCCAGUGAGGAAGCUGCAGGAAGGUAAGCUGCCUGUUUAUCAAGUUUUUGCAGGGGGGAAUAUCCCAAGGUCAAUAGAGUCUUCAGAAAGUGAGAGAAGCCCCAAAAAAGAUAGUGAGGGUGGGUACAGUUACAAUGUACGAAAGGCUCAAGCAUUUGCCCAAAAUCAGCAGAGUGACAGACAAAGAAAUAGGUCAGAUAACUCUUCACCAAAACAUCACCAAAAUGUUUACAGUAAGGAGCAAAUUGCCAAUGAAGAUAGGAAAAUAUACAAAACUUGGGAAAACCAUGGCAAUGGGCAACUGAAAGGACAAAAGACAAAGCUCACUCAUACUCUAGUGCAUGAUAGGCAAAAGGAUGACUCACAGAAUGAGCAGCACUCAUUGAGAGAUGGAAACACCACGACAGAAGAAACAACUAAAAAGAUCAUUUACACAGAGCUUGUAAUUCGAGAAGACCCUAGUAAUGCUGAAAAUUGUAAUGGUGCUCUAAAAAAAAACUCGGAAUCACAAAUUCCUGUUAGGGUUUCAUCUAGUUUUAUAGACCAUCAUCAAAGUAGUACUUUAAAGUUAGAUUCCUCCAUUAAAUCUGAAAGAACAGGGUCUCACAUAGCCAGAAAUACACAGUACCCUAAUUCUGGGGCUAGCAAAUCACCUAGUGAUGUGUCAUCUGUAGUGAACUCAGAUUCUAGCAGGCAGAUUGUUAAUAUAGUCUGUAAUGGUGUGGAUGAUAACCAAGUUGAGUAUAUUGAAAAAGUGACCCCAGGUGUCACUGCGGACAUUAAACCUCUUCCUGUGUAUGUCAGCGUUCAAGUAGGUAAACAGUAUGAGAAAGAAACUGCCACUGGCCAGUUAAGCACUUACAAAAAAGUUGUAAGCCAUGAGAGCAGGACAGUACAUGAAACACGUGGAGCGUUUUAUUCUGUCAAACAGAAACAGCCGCAAUCUCCACAGGGAAGCCCUGAAGAUGACACGUUAGAGCAGGUUACAUUUAUGGACAGUUCAGGGAAGAGUCCAGUAACUCCUGAAACGCCUACCUUUGAGGAGGUCAGCUACGACCUGAACUCCAGAGCUCCUGAGCCUGUCAUCAGUUCCAUUGCUGGCAUGCCUAGCCCAAUCCCAGAGGAGUCAGAGGAAGAGGAGCAGCCUAAGACAUUCAUUUUCAAGGCAGUAUCAGCAGAAAAAGCCAAAUCUGCCACUCAAUCAUCAGAACCUUCAAAAAGAAAGCAAGACUCAAAUGGAAAAAGGUCAAAAGACAAACGCAUAGCUUACAUCGAGUUCCCACCACCACCACCUUUAGAAACUGAGCAUGCUGACCCUGAAAAGAAGGGGUCAUGUCCUUCCUCAGAAGCAGAAACAGAGAUGAUGGAGGUGAACCUUCAAGAGGAACAUGACAGACAUCUCUUUGCAGAGCCAGUAAUCAGAGUCCAGCCUCCUUCCCCUCUUCCACCUGUAGCUGACAAUAGUGACUCUAGUGAUGAUGAAUCUGUUUUUCAGCCUGCCCCCCUUAAGAAGUACACAUUCAAAAUGGCUGAGGAGUGUGAGAAACAUGUUAAGCCUACGAAACCAGAGAGAAACAGCUCACACCAAAAGGAAUCAGGUAUCAAUGGCAUUGUCAAAGAAGAAGAGGUAGAAUGUGAACAGAAUGGAAAUGAUCAAUCUAUCACUGAUUGCUCAUUAGCAACAACUGCUGAAUUUUCCCAUGAUACUGAUGCCACUGAGAUAGAUUCUCUUGAUGGGUAUGACCUACAAGAUGAGGACGAUGGACUGAGUGACCCUAAAACAUCCAGUCUGUCGAAUGAGGGAAAAGCAGGAGAUCGGCCUUUCAGCCAGAGCAAACUUGAAGUGAUUGAAGAGGAGAGCACGCCAAAUGAGGAAAUAGGGGAAAAGGCAAAAACAAAGAGGCCAUCUGGGAAAAAAUCAGACAAUGGGAAAGAGGAUAAAAUCUAUUCUUUGGAGGGAAGACACCCAGAUAGACAAGGUUUUACAGACGAUUAUUUUAAGUCCCAACUAGAAGAGGGCAUAAACACUACCUUUAAAACUGUGGCUACUAAAGGCUUGGAUUUCAAUCCAUGGUCUGGUAAAGUUGGAGAGGAGGGAGCUUUUGAUGCUAAAAACAAUGAUGAAGAUCCGAAGCCCUGUGCUUUGUCAGUGGAAGACAAAUCACAAGCAACCACGCCGGAUACCACUCCAGCAAGAACCCCAACAGAUGAGAGCACCCCAACUAGUGAGCCCAACCCUUUCCCCUUCCACGAGGGCAAGAUGUUUGAGAUGACCCGCAGUGGUGCUAUUGACAUGAGCAAGAGGGACUUUGUUGAAGAGAGACUUCAGUUUUUCCAGAUUGGUGAGCAUACAUCAGAUGGGCAGUCAGGGGACAAGGGGAAAGGGGGCAGGAAUGCGGGGGUAGUCGCCUCUCACUCAAAGGCAGGGGAAAGAGCUGUAGAGGGGAAGGUAGAGGCAACCACAGAUUUAACGCCAUCCAGAGGCAACACAGUGCAAGGCAGUGCUGACUGCCUGGACGCACCUCCAUUCGCUGACACCACCUCAUGCACUGUCACAGCCUCCAAGGCCGACCCCAAAUUACGCACCCCCAUUAAGAUGGGCAUCGCAGCUUCCAUUACUAUAAAGAAAGACCCUGGCUCAGCUGAACUGACUGAUGCUAAAACUGAGUCCUCAGACAGUCAGAUGCCGGAAUACAUUAGCUUGGAGUCAAGGCAAUUAGCUGAAAGUCACUUUGAUAGCAGGGUCACUAACUCUUCCCAGACUGGCAGAAAAGAUUACCCAUCAGAAAACUACAAUAACAACAAUAAUUUAGAGUCCUCUAAUGUGCAGGCCAACUACAUCCAGUGUGGUAGUGUAGUGUUCAAUUUGCAGUCAUCUUCUGAACCCACCUUACAGAAAGCUAGUAGAAUAGAAGCUCAGUUUUGUAGGGAGUCUUUAGAGAGAGUGGACAAAGCCAUUACUGAGAGUCCUCAGACUAAAGUAGUCUCAGAAAACAGGCAGACCAAGUCUAGGCUCCCAGUCAAGGCAGCAGGGUUCAGUUUUAACACACUCAGUUCAGGGAAGCAGAAGCCUCAACAAGUUGUGAGGCCAGAGGCAAGGAAAGUGGAUCCUGCAUCCAUAAUGCCUGAGCCCAAGUCUAGAAUACCUGUCAAGGACAUCAAAAGAAAUGGUGCUUUUAACUCAGCUGUCACAGCUCAGGUAGUUUCAAGGUCAAGUAAGCUCACAGAGUCAGAGAGAUCAGUCAGACCAGUAUUUCCCUUUAGGCUGCCUUUCAAAGACAGGUCAUCUGGUGCUUCUAAUGGUUCAGUUAGCAAGGCAGGUAGAGGCAACUUUAGCGAGGUGUGUAGGCAGUCAACUGAGUUCUUAAAAAAUGUUAGCGGAGAAGCAAUAAAGGUGGCCGAACGACUUUCAGACGAGGAGAAACAGACACAGGGAGAGCAGUCGCAAUCGGAGGAGGACAGCAGCACAUCACGAAGCAUCUCACUAUCGGACCCCUCUCAGUCCCAGCCCUCCCUCUCCUCUGGCUCCUCCCGAGGGGUCACACCCUCAAGGACAAAGGUCACAAGGGCGGCGGGCAGUGAGAGGAGGAGGAGUAAGCGGACUGGAGGAGGGAAGGAGGGCAGUAAGAACGAUGGGGCUCGCAGGUCGCCCCCCGUCGCGGAGAUCAAGCCUAGUCCACAGAGUCCCUGUGAGAGAACAGACCUUCGUAUGGCCAUUGUUGCUGAUCAUCUGGGACUGAGCUGGACAGAGCUGGCUCGAGAGAUGAAUUUUUCUGUGGAUGAGAUAAACCACAUCCGCACAGAGAACCCAAACUCUCUCACAGCCCAGAGCUUUAUGCUUCUUAAGAAGUGGGUCAGUCGGGAUGGGAAAAACGCCACAACGGAUGCACUGACGGCUGUCCUGACUAAAGUGAACCGGAUGGAUAUUGUGACUCUGCUGGAAGGGCCCAUAUUUGACUAUGGUAACAUUUCAGGCACCAGAAGUUUUGCAGAUGAUAGCGCUGUGUGCCAGGAAAAGGCGGAUGGUUUCCACAACAUCCUAGCUCAACUGCAGUCAACUUCCAACCCCACCCCCACCACACCCCCUCUCUGCCCCUCUAUGUCUGAUGACCUCAAACCCAUCUUAGAUCUGCCCCUUGACCCUCCACCUUAUUGCCCCUCCUGGGGACUAGAGCGGUACAACGAGGACGAGUCUGUCAGAUUUACCCCAGCCAGACCUUGUGACCUGCCCCUAUCCAAACCUGAAAACCAGCAUCACACACUCUCUAAAACAACUGCCGAAAUACACACACACAUACUUUACCCAGAUCCUGCACAAUCUCAGUUCCCUCCCGACGACCUCAAACUCAUAACACAGCUCUCAGCUGUCACAUGUGACCCUGACUCACACCUUACCCUUGAGCUUUCUCCCCUAGACCAUGAUGAACCUCCUCUAAACCCCUCAGUUUGCUUUGUACCACUCCAGUCUGUCCCCAAAAUAGACCCACCCACGACCAGGAUCGAACAGGACCACCUUUUACAGGGGAACCAGGGGUCUCAACAAAAGGAACAGAGAGAAGAAAAUGAGAAAAAAGAGUCUUUUCACUCCCAACAGAAAUCGUCCCCUACGGUGGAACAGACUGACCUAACACACAAGGGAAAAGAAGAGCUUAAGAGUCCCUCAUCAUCAUUACUACCAUCAACAUUAGAAGAACCAAACGUUAGCAUGAGGGGACAGGAAAGAGUGAUUCUGAAAGAGGUCAAAGGUCAUGAUGUGUCCCCUUUGCGACCCUGGACUGAGGUCCUGAGGGAGUCUGGCUUAGGAGGAGAGGAGGAGGAGGAAGCCGAGAAAAGACAGGAGCAACUGGAGGUGUCUGGAGGCCAUGUCGGAGAGAGUGAGAGGGAAGUGAAUGAGGAGAUGACUAAGGAGAAAGUGAGAGAGGUAGUGAGAGGUGUUGAACAAAUUGAGUCUGAGUUAUGCUCACUCUCCGCAGGCUGGCUCACUGAGACAUCGAACACGGAGCCGCCCGCUUCAGGGCGGAGUCACGGGUCAGACUACAUGGACCCACAGGACAACAGUCAGGAGAACUCCAUGACAUCGUCAUCCAGAGGGGAUUCAGGAAAACCUCGACAAAAUGGUGAGCACUCUGACACCAUGCCCCGUAGCUCAGCGUCUCAGGAAUCAGCCAAUGGUGUGAAGGCAGGGGCGGGCAAGCAAGAAGGAGCUCUGAUCGCUGAGCACAAAGUCCAGCAGCGGUUAUCAACAGAGACCGGCCUGGACGAAGAGCGCACUGUCACCACCAAAGUGUUUCGUAGACGUCUCAUUCUCAAGGGAGAGGAGGCGCGGAACAUUCCUGGCGAGUCAGUUUCAGAGGAACAGUUUAUUGAUGAAGAUGGAAACAUCACCAGAAAAGUCAUUCGAAAGGUGAUUUUCCGAGUGAACACUCCCACCCCUGAAAACCAGGGCUUGGGGAGUAGCAUGGGGUCACAAGGAGACCCUACCACCCUGGGGAAGAGCCACGUCCCCCUGGUCCCUGAUAUCCAAACCCAUCUCGCUACACAUGCUGAGGGAGAAGUUUCCAAGCUGAUGAAGAAGGAAGAAAAGCGUUCAGAGAGAAAACAUCAUUCAUAAAUGUGGCUUCAUGACUAUAGGCAGGUAUAUUUUUGAUCUGUUUCCUAAGUGGCGGGGUCACAAGAGCUGAAAAGAGACAUUUGGCCUGAAAAAACAUCUACAGCUUCCACUCUGAAACGCAUAGUCUUCAAAGAGACAAUACUUUGACCUAUUCCCUUGCGCAUGAGCAUGCAUCACACUGCUGACACACUUCCUGUUCCAAGGGGGUCUUGAUGAAUUCUACUUCCUGAGAUGGGUCCCGGUGAAUUCUACUUCCUCUCUGUGUUGGGUCCUAUGUAAUUCUACUUACUCUUUCUGGGGGACCUACGAGAUUACACUUCAUUCUUCUUGAUGGUUAAUAACUGCGCUGACCUGGACCAUCAGGAAAUCAGAAACUGUUUUGUGUGCCAUGAAUAUCAGAUGACUAAAUGAGAGGGGUAUAUUCAAAAGACCCCUUAAACUCCAAACCGUAUACUCAAACAAAUUUCCCUUUGACCAAAGAUGGCACAAAAGCUCUUUUUCGUGUUUUAGGGGGAAAAAACAAUAGAUGCUGUUGAACCACACCUUACAUUCGCCUUACACG